AUGUUGGUUAAAAAUGUGUUGAUGGAGUUACGCAGUCGUCUGAGAAGUUGUAACGUUUAUAUAACUACAAAUGUAGAUUUUAAAAAAGAUUGUAAUUUGAAAAUUUGUAUACAGUCGAAUUGUAUUUUAAUUAAUUAUUAUGAUAAUGAAAGAGAUAGUUUAUCAUCCAUCGAGAGUCUGUCGGAUUGUUCCGAAGAUGAAUCAAAUGUAUCAUGCUCGAUACCGAUACAUGAAUUCUGUUAUAUCAUACCGAACUCAAUGUCCUGCCUUAAGAUUGAGAAGAACACCAUAUCAUUUAGGAUAUUGACCGAACCAAAGAAUGGUGGUAAUUUUUAUUCUGAAUUUCUAACUCCGAUUGAAAAUAAAGAAAUUAAAAUAAGCAAACUGAAUUUAAACAUAAAAGAGUCGGAAGAAGUCAAAAUAGUUUGUGGCAACUGUUCGAAUGUUGUGUCGAAUGAUUUUGUAAAAUUUGAUAGAAUAUUAGAAUUACCGACAUCAAAUUUGGAUAUGUCGGAGUGGUUUUGCCACGGGCAUAGCCACGAUAAGAAUAUAAGUAUAACACCUGAAAUUUUAAAACCAAACAAACAAGAUUUCCUCUACAGACUGACCUAUUUUGUUGUUAAUAACAAAAUAUUAUCAGAUAAGAUCAAUAAAUUCAAUUCAAAACGCUCCAUCUAUCAUUGCAAUAGAUGUUUAGCAUGGCUCGGCAUCAAGAAUAAGGAGACAGUUAAAUUAUACAAUUCAGAUGUUAAGUUAGAACAUGAUAAUAAUAAUAUUCAUGUCUUCACUCAUUCUACAUCGGUACAAAAUAUAAGUACAGAUGAUUUUAUAUACACUAUAGAAUGUAUGAUCCAGGAAUUCAAUCUUGGUCUGCAAUACACUAUGAUGUGUAAAAUUGUACUGGAAUGUACUAUUUCAGCAACAAACAAACAAUAUUUAUUGAUAUGGGUGAUGGAUAAAGAGUUGCAAGUCUUAAGAAAUAGUGAAAAACAAGAAUGUUCAGAUCAAAUUGUACUACAAUCAAGUUUUUUAACUAAAAUUUUGUAUAAGAUUGAAUUGGAAUGUAACGAUGAGGUUGAAAAUUGGUUGGCUGACCCAACCGUUGUUAAUACAGACAUCUCGAAAACUAUGUUCUUUUAUGGAAUCGAACAUUUAAAGCAAAUGUCAAUGAAGGUACCAGAAUCAUUCCGAUAUACAAACGGAUACUGUAUAAGUUUCUUAAAAGUUUAA